UUGAUGAGAAAACUGCAAGACUCUCACUGCAGCUUCACUCACCCCCCUUUCUUUAUCCUCCCCCUAACUUUAAUUAACCUUUCACCCAAGCAAAAGGGUGGUAUAAAGGGGCUCCAGUGCCAGUCCUCUUUUGCACUUUCUCCUUGCACUCACACACUGCUCUACACCACAAGUAUAGCUCUCGCACCUUCACUGUGCACUUAAAGUCACUUGAAACGAAAGCUCAGCAAGAGUUUGGUUCAUAGGCUCUAAUAACUACAUUAACCCAAAGACUUUACAGCGUAGGGAAACCCAACAUUUAGCCACCGUGGACUCUGUAGAGGAAUCAGCUGUUGGUUUAUACACAAUGAGUACCAUGAAGCCAGAAACGGAACAUAAUAAUAAUACUAUAGAAGAAGAGGUACGAACACUAUUUGUCAGUGGCCUCCCAAUUGACAUCAAACCAAGAGAACUUUACUUGCUUUUUCGACCAUUUAAGGGGUAUGAAGGAUCACUGAUCAAGCUAACAUCAAAACAGCCUGUUGGUUUUGUCACCUUUGACAAUAGAGCUGGUGCUGAAGCUGCAAAGAAUGCACUAAAUGGCAUCCGUUUUGACCCAGAAAAUCCACAGACUUUACGGCUAGAGUUUGCAAAGGCCAACACAAAAAUGGCAAAGAACAAACUAAUGGCUACACCCAACCCCACUAACCUCCACCCUGCACUUGGAGCACACUUCAUUGCACGAGAUCCAUACGACCUGACAGGUGCUGCACUUAUCCCAGCGUCACCAGAAGGCUGGGCUCCCUACCCACUAUACACCACAGAACUGACACCAGCCAUCCCACAUGCUGCAUUCACAUAUCCAGCUGCAGCGGCUGCUGCUGCAGCACUUCACGCUCAGAUGCGCUGGUAUCCUCCUUCAGAAGCUACCCAGCAAGGAUGGAAGUCUCGCCAAUUCUGCUAAAGCUUUUUCGAUGUACCAGGUACGAACGGGUUGGAUUAGAACUUCUGAAACUUUCCAAGAUGUAAUCCAACAUGGAGCCUUUCCUCCAUUCCCAUGAACAGUCUCAAAAUACAAAAGCCUGGACAGGACAGUCUUCCACCAGUAGAAAUAGGUUUAUUUCCUGAUUGCCUUGUCAGGUCGUUGUGACUGAACACUGGGGCAAAACGAGACUUGAACAAGACAAUGUCCAGUUAAUUUCUGUAACCGGAAGGAUUUUCUUUUGCAUGUUGGUUUUUCUGGCAUGAAUAGACUAUUUAAGUAGUGUGCGUGUGUAAAAUCUGCUUCUGUGAAAGUUUGACUAAAUGUCUUGCUUACCCCACAAACUCCAAAACGUACUGUUCUGGUUAAUCAACGUCCACUUUGUCCCUACAUCUUUAUCGGAGAGUUUUAGUUCUUGCCAAAUGUAAUGCAACCUUAUGGGGAAACAGAGCAAAAGUACCAGUAUUUUUGUAAAAUGUUUAAUAAGGAAAUAUUUAUGCAUCAUACGUGUUUGUUUUUUGUGAUAUUAAUUAUUAAAAAAUAUUAAUCUGUCAUAAGUUAAAUGUUCAGUUUAAGAGCUUGAAGAUUCUGUAUGGUUUGUCUGUUGUAAUUCAUGAAGAAAAAUGUGCAAUUUUCAUUUUGUUCAACUUUCCAUUCUACUGCUUGGUAUUGAUAAUUCAGUAUUAUGAAUGUCUUGCUUGCACAGCAAGGAGUUUUCUCUUCUGCUGGUCCUAUGAGAAUGUGAUGGAUAAAAUAUAUAAUAUUUAAA